GGAUUGCUACCAUGCUUCUUCCCUUGCUUUUGUUUGUCCCCAAGAAGGAAGGAGAGUUGCGCAUGGGUAUAGACUAUAAGGGUCUGAAUGCUAUCACAGUCAAGAAUGCUGAACCACUGCCCAUGAUAGACGAUCUCUUAGACCGGGUGCAGGGUUGCAAGUAUUUCUCAAAGAUAGAUUUGAAGUCCGGUUAUCAUCAGAUAGAAGUCCACCCUGAUGACCAGUACAAGACUGCGUUCCGGACUAGAUAUGGGCAUUAUCAGUUCAUAGUGAUGCCCUUUGGACUGACCAAUGCGCCAGUGACAUUUCAACGAUGUAUAAAUGAUCUGUUUAGGCCUUGGUUAGAUAGGUUCGUCGUAGUAUAUUUAGACGACAUCCUAGUCUUCAGUAGGACCCUCCAAGAGCACCAGGGUCAUUUGAGGCAGGUCUUGGAGAAGCUGAGAGAAGCUAACUUCAAGAUCAAUGCGAAGAAGUGCAAGUGGGCCAAGACGCAAGUCUUGUACUUGGGCCACGUGUUAGACGGAGAUGGCAUUAAGCCAGAGGACAACAAGAUCGCGACAAUUAGAGACUGGUUGACGCCCCACACAUUGACAAAGUUGCGGUCGUUUCUGGGCUUAGCUAAUUACUACAGGAAGUUCGUGAGAAACUUCUCUACUAUUGUCGCUCCCUUGCGCAGGUUGCUCAAGAAAGAGGCAAUCUGGCAAUCGGAUAAAGACUGUACCCCCGCGUUGAAGAAGUUGAAGCGCGCGUUAAUAGAGUACCCUGUCUUCAAGGUAGCAGAUCCGUCUUUCCCAUUUGUCGUCACCACGGACGCCAGUCAGUAUGGUAUAGGUGCCGUGUUACAGCAGGACGACAACAAUGGCUACAGACCCGUAGAGUUCAUGUCAGCGAGGAUGCCCUCAGAGAAGGUAGCUACCUCGACGUACGAGAGAGAACUGUACGCUCGCAGGCAUGCCUUAGAACACUGGAAGCAUUACCUGCUUGGGAGGCACUUUAAAGUGUAUUCAGACCACAAGACGCUUAGAUGGUUAAAGACACAGGCCAAAAUGACACCUAAGUUGACUAGGUGGGCCGCUGAGAUAGACCAAUAUGACCUCGAGCUCAAGCCAGUUAAGGGCAAAUACAAUGUAGUUGCGGAUGCUCUAAGUAGGAGGUCAUACUACUUUGGAGCCAUAGUUCACUCUCUGGACAUAGGGAGUGACCUGCAGGAGAAAGUUAGACAGGCACAUGCGCAGGACCCUAUCUAUAGUGACCUCCUCAAGAGAGUUAGGGAGGCCCCAGAGACUGAGCCAAAUUACUACACUAAAGAGGGUUUACUAUUUGAGAAGACUAACGUAGUAGACCGCCUAUGCGUUCCCAAUAGUGAAGAGAUCCGCAGUUUGAUCCUCGGGGAAUGCCAUGAUACAGAGGGACACUUCAGUUGGCAAAAGACUUUAGCCAAUCUGAUGCACGCGUACACAUGGCCAGGAAUGAAAAACGACUGCAUAGAGUAUGUCUGCAGUUGCAAAGUCUGUCAAAGGAACAAGACCACUACGCGUGCCCCUCUAGGUCUUCUCAGACCCUUGCCUAUUCCAGACCAGAAUGGAGAUUCAGUCUCCAUUGACUUCAUGGAUGCCGGUGUCAAGAGUAGACAAGGCAAGAGCCAAGUCAUGGUCGUAGUUGAUAGAUUUAGCAAUCAGAUGGCGACUGUUGCGCGUGGACCGCAUUUUGUCAAAGCACGUGAGACCGGUACAAGCGGCCGGUCGGCCAAUUGUGCAAGAACUGCUCGGCAUGCGGUAGAUAGCCGUGUUGCAGCGAUCCGGGGAGGGGUGAGAGACGUUCCCAACGUCUCUUCGCUUCGCUUCUCUUGUGAAGGAAGAGGGAGGGUGAAGGUUGCGGCCCUCGGUAUCGUCGGGUACAGCAACCUAGAUUGCUGUUGUCCGUAUACCUCUUGUUUUUUAUCCCAUGGCGAAGUAUCGCGAUCGACGCUAUCGUUCAGCGGGCUGGUGCAUAAAGGACUGUGCAGCGGAGGACGCAGGAGGCCGAAGAAGAAGAAGACGAAAAGCAGAUCUAGCGAUCGUGGUGGUCUGCCUGGAGGAGCAAACAACAAUUUUGUACGUCAAGUUGGCCGGCUGAUUGACACUUCCUGUUCGCAUGUCGUCGGGCAAGAUGGGCUCUGCCAGGGGUGGAAAGGUUGCGGCGCAUUUUCGAUAUCCGAGGAGAGCAAAGCCGCGCUCGCGAAAGUUAUGAAAGUACUCUACAGCUUGAGUGGAAAUGCAGGGACGUUCCUCCAGGGACGCGGGCUGGGUGGCUUGACACGUGGCAUGCGAUGUGGCCGUCGAUCAUCCUAUCGUUCGUUGGGCGGCUCAACAAUAAACAGGGGACCUGUACCUGUCUGGCUGGUGAAUGCGCAGAGGAGGAGGGAAGCAGCGGGGCAUGGAGGUGUUUCUCCAAGGACGGAGAUCGGGGGUGGUGAGCAGGGCGAAGACCGAAGUUGGCGGGGCGAAGGCCGAAGUUGGCGCAGCGGAACGUGUGCGGCAUUUUCGGGCGGCAUGCUCUAUCGUCCCCCGCGCAUAGUGGCGGUGCCCCGCGCGAUGGCGCUGGCAGAGUGGGUACAGACGUCCGGGCUGUGGCACGAUCCCUUGUUGCGGGAUAGCCUCGUCGCAGUUGGCGCCGGCGUGGGAGCGACUAUGGUGAUAAGGUUUUUCGACACUCUGGUCUUGAAAGGGGUGAUCGAGCAGCGCGGCCGGAAGCGCUGCGCCCCGCCCGCGCAGUCUGACCGAGCAGCGGGGAGCGGCGACUUGCGGCGGAGCAGUGCGAUGGUGAACCGAGCAGCGGCGGGCGGCGAUUUGCAGCGGAGCAGCGCGAUGGUGAAUCAAGCGGCGCUGGAUGGCAACAAGCGGCGGUGCGAAGCGUUGCUGGGGGGAGUGGAUUCGGGGUGGUGUGAGGUGGUGGUGGAGAAGUUUUGGGAUGAAGGGAUGAUGAUGGGAAGGACGAUAAGGGUGAUGCAUCGUGCGUAGAGGAUGAGGAUACUACGAAGAGGCUGCUUGUGAAGGGCUGCGAAGGGUAUGGGCUGCCAGUAUAAUCAUCAGAGCUACGAAGGGCGGGGUGUCAUUUUUAACGAAAGAGGUGACUUUAGGUUUUCAAUUCUAAUUUGAUCCAAGAUCUGCGGACUCAUGAAUGAAUUCAAAAUUUUCUG